AUGGAGGUUCCACGAUUUCUCAGCGAGAUUUUCCUGCAGGAUCAGACCGAUCUUUCAUGGGUUCCUGAUGGGAUGGAUCCCAAUUCAUCCUACAGGCUUGCUGUGCGUGUCGGUGCUUAUGUGAAAUUGACUGAUGAUGGCAACCGUGGAAGCACCGAGACCUCAGAUGCCCAGAUUAUUGCAGUACCUUCAUCUGAAACUGCACCGUCUCUUUUGGAGCCUCUAGUUCAGAAAAGUGUUGAAGUAGCUUGGGUGGACGAUGAUGUAGAGUAUGUUGGUCUGGAUGAUGAGGAUCCUUUCAAAAUUUUACUUUCUGAUUCUGAAUGUGAUGGGUUGGAUGAUGUUUUAGAGUGUGUUGACUUGGAGGAUGAUGUCGAGUGUGUUGGCUUGGACGAUGAAUUAGUUGUGGAUGAUGCAUUGGGUUGUGAAAUAUUUAUACAUGCAACGGAUUUAGAGAACCCGACAAUAGCAGUUGGUGUAACUUUUGGGGAUGGUGAUACUUUUAAGAAAGCAAUUAGGCAAUAUGCAAUUAAGGGUGAAUUCGAAAUUGCAGCUCCCUAUUCUGAGUCAACAAGGUAUAGAGGGUAUUGCAAAGCUGAACGGUGCAAGUGGCGGAUACAUGCUUCACGAUUGCAGGAUGAAAGGAUAUGGAAGAUAAAGAAAAUACCUUAUCCACACACUUGUCAAAGCACAGGGAAAGUUGAAAAAAACAGCAUGGCAAGCAAUUAUUGGGUGAGGGAUAGGGUUCUCGAUUGGCUUGCAAAGGACUCUACAAUUGGAGCUAAAGCACUAAAGACAAGAUUAGAAGAGCAGUAUCACCUGCAGUUGUCAUACUGGGUAGUGUGGGAUGGAAGAAAUAUGGCUUUGGAACAACUCAAAGGAAAGUGGGAUGACAGUUUCGAGCACAUUUUCAGUUUUAAGGCAGAGGUUGAGAAGAUAAAUCCUGGGAGUUUGGUGGACAUUGAAUUUGAGCAAGUUGGGAAGAAGAAGAGAUUUACUAGAAUGUUUGUUGCCCUAAGUGCAUAUGUGGAUGGUUUUCUACAUGGUUGUAGAUCUUUUCUUGGUGUGGACUCCACCCACUUGACUGGAAAAUGGAAGGGUCAACUUGCAUUGGCUACUGCUAUUGAUGGGCAUAAUUGGAUGUUUCCUUAUGUCAAGAAAAAUGCUGGAAUAUGA